CGUGGAGAGAGGGGGGGAGAGAGAGAAAGAGAGAGAGAAAAGGAAGAAAGAGUAGAGCACAGAGACGCGAUUGUCGUCUCCACGAUUUGGCGCCAAUCUGGCGGAGAAAGAGCAGGCGAAUAAAAAUAGCAUGCGAGAGGCUAACUUCGCCUGUCUGGCUGUGGAUGCUGUGUUGAGCUAGCUAGCUAACAGUUAGCCGGAGCUUAGCGUGUUGUUUUGUUAUUGGAGGCUAGCCCGCUUGUUAGCGAGUAAGCUAACCUAGCAUUUCCCAUCCUGUGCAUCAGAGGAGCCCUGCUGCUCGCCAGACACAGCUUUUCUGCUAGAGGCAGCUGAUAAGGUCACAGCUAGACAACUUAUAGUGUCUCUUAAGCGGUGGUUUAAAAGUCUGCGAGAUGGGGGGUGAACACACACACUUAUACACUGUAAUCUUCAGUGAAAUGGCCUGUGUUAAUAAUUACAUUACUGACCUAUCAUACAGUAAAUGGAGCAGAUCUUAAUGUUACCAGUGUGAAGAUCCAGUUAAUCGAAAGUCAAACAGAGCAAAAGAGAAGAAACAGAGAAGGCUUGAAGAAAGGGCAGCCAUGGAUGCGGUGUGCGCUAAAGUGGAUGCGGCCAAUAAGCUUGAUGACCCUCUGGCUGCUUUUCCAGUGUUCAAAAAGUAUGACAGAAAUGGGUUAAAUCUGGAGAUUGAGUGUAAGAGAGUGGCUACGCUCUCUCCCAUCACUGUGGAGUGGGCCUAUGAGCUGACCAGAUCCAACAUGCAGACCCUAUAUGAACAGAGCGAAUGGGGCUGGAAGGAGCGAGAGAAGAGAGAGGAGAUGAAGGACGAGAGGGCGUGGUACCUCCUGGCCCGUGAUACCGACUCCACUCCGGUUGCUUUCUCUCAUUUUCGGUUCGAUGUUGAAUGUGGUGAUGAGGUGUUAUAUUGCUAUGAAGUCCAAUUGGAGAGCAAGGUCAGACGGAAAGGCUUGGGGAAGUUUCUUAUCCAAAUUCUACAGCUCAUUGCCAACAGCACACAGAUGAAGAAGGUCAUGUUGACGGUAUUUAAACACAACCAUGGGGCCUACCAGUUCUUUAGGGAGGCUUUACAAUUCGAGAUUGACGACACUUCGCCCAGUAUGUCUGGUUGCUGCGGUGACGACUGUUCCUAUGAGAUUCUGAGUCGACGAACAAAAUACGGCGAGGCCUCGGGUCACGCACAUGCAGGCGGCCACUGUGGAGGCUGCUGCCAUUAGGUGCAGACCUUUUCUUCCUUUGUUACGGAACCACUUCUCAUCCUACACUUCAAUCAGCAGCCACCUCUUUGCCCCACAUUACCUUCAUAUAAUAUGUCCUUAAGCCUAGUUCAGUCACACUCCAUGCAGGAGUGCCGGAUGCUGGACAAGAGCCAAUCAGGGCGCCUCUGAAGUCGGUUGGUUUCCCUCUCUCACUCAAGCGAAGUGUUUUUGAGUAGUUUACUUUGCUGUCGUCAUGAGCUUCCUCAUUUGACCUCAUUCAGAUUUUAUACAAUCCACAUUUUAGAUGGGAGAUGAGCCUCUGAUGUUUUAUUUAAUAAAUCAUGUAAACAUUUUGUUUCUGUAGUUUGAGUUUAAUCAUGUGAAGGUCAUUCUCUCACUCAGUGAUUUAAGUUUGUAGGAAGGCCAUGAUCUCUACCUCUCUACCGAGUUGGUCUUGGUCUUUAUUAUUGUUUAACGUGGGGGAAUAUAGUGUUUGAAAGAAGAGGUGCUGUAGAGAGGUUCUGUGCUCUGUAGUAGAAAUGAAAAUCUGUGAGUCUUUUCAGACACGUGAAACAAAUGGUGCUCUAUUAAGUUAAGUCUAUGGAGCUGUGACUGAACUCAGCCUUAGAUUAGCCUCUCAUAGCGGCCACACCUUUUGAAGGUCCUCCUUGCACUUGUUCUUAGUUUUUACCUGACUUUUGUCUGUAAUUGGAGGUACAAAACUGUUUUAUUAUGUUUUGAAUAAUGGAGAUGGCAGUAAUGACCACUGUGACAGCUCAGUGUAAUGAACUCUUCUCACCUCAGGAACAAGCAUGGUGAGUGUGUUCCCUCAGAUCUGCACAUCCAGUCCUGAUAAUCACAACAAAAUCUCAAGGCUGCACUUUAUGCUUUUAGCCUACAAAAUGCCUGUCUCCCAGGCUGCUGGGUUCUUUUUUUUAGUUUUUUUUAUUGUCAUACUGGUUGUUACUGCCAUUUUUCUCUCUACUGCUCUUUCAGGGUACAUGUAUUUUAACGAAAUGCAAGGAGCUUGCCUAUGUGUUGUAUUACUUCAAUAAACUGAAUACAGUGUCUUUGUAUUCUUUAUAAUCACUCCAACUAGUCUGUCUCAGGUCAUUCAACUAAAUCAAACCUAUAACAAAUGUUUUAUAAUGGCUAUAUAUAGGGGAUUGGUGUUAACGGAUGAUGUCGAUGUUCUCUAUCUUUAUCUGAUGAAGAGGUUGGUGUGUAUUGCAAUGGACCCUUAGUGUAGAAAAUUACUUUUUUUUUUUCUUUUUAUUAUUAAGCAUCAUAGCAUUCUUUUAUCAAGUCACUUCUGUAUAUCCAUGUUUUUUUUUUUCUGAACUGUAUAUAAUCUAUUUGCCUUGUUCAUUUAAUUUGCCUUCACAAAAGUCUUUUGGGGGAAUGAUGUUGAAAAAGUUUAAAAAGUGACCAGAUGUUUGAGAAAUGAGUAUUCCUGUCUUGUGCUUUGUUGUUGAUGCAGAAAGGGAAAGUCAUUUUCAUCUUUCAGUGUUUUAUUUGUAUGAAGCAAAUAAAGGAAACUUGUUUGACUCAGAA